GGUUGUGUAGCUACGUCUUUCUAUCUCAUCGUCGCCCGUGGUUCUAGUUUUGUAGGACUCCGAUCGAAGAAAUCAUUUUAACUACCGAACAUGUCUGGAAGAGGCAAAACCGGAGCAAAGGCCCGCGCCAAGGCCAAGACCCGCAGCUCCCGCGCCGGACUGCAGUUCCCCGUGGGUCGUGUCCACCGACUGCUCCGCAAGGGUAACUACGCCGAGAGAGUGGGCGCCGGGGCCCCAGUGUACCUGGCCGCUGUCCUCGAGUACCUCACCGCUGAGAUCCUGGAGCUGGCCGGCAACGCCGCCAGGGACAACAAGAAGACCCGUAUCAUCCCCCGUCACCUCCAGCUGGCUGUCCGCAACGACGAGGAGCUGAACAAGCUGCUCGGCGGAGUGACCAUCGCUCAGGGCGGCGUCCUGCCCAACAUCCAGGCCGUCCUGCUGCCCAAGAAGACCGGCCAGUCUGCACCGAGCUCCGGCAAGGCGGGAAAGAAGGCCUCCUCUCAGUCUCAGGAGUAUUAGCUUUCUGGCUAAUAACUUUAAACCCAAAGGCCCUUUUAAGGGCCGCCCACUCUUCAUGAAAGAGCAACCAGCUGUCUUGACUUUUGGCAUGUUUUUUUUAAUUUAAUAAACGCUUGUUUUGUAAAAACUGC